AUGCCUUCUGCAUUCACGCGGCUCUUUGACCAACACAAGAAGAGCAAGACGCUCAAAUCGGCGUCUGACAGCGAGACCUUUGACGCCGAUGGGACCAUUCAUGUCGAUGGCCUUGUAGGGUCAGCCACGAUAUCUCCCUCAGGCCGGGAUGUGGCUCUUGCUUCGCCCGAGGGUCUGACCAUAAUAGACCUCGACUCACCUUAUAGCCCGCCUCGGAGGUUGAGCAGUCAUGGCUCUCCUUGGCUUGUUGUGGAUGUGCAAUGGUCACCAUUCGCAGAUCGAGACUACUGGGUCGCGUCCACUGCGAAUCAUCGAUGUCUAGUCUGGAAUCUGAACCUGCGCGACGAUUCGCCAUCUGGAGCCAUUGAGCAUUCUCUCCAAGGCCAUAGUCGAGCAAUCACCGACAUCAACUUCUCAGCGCACAGCCGGGACUUCCUGGCAACCUGUGCCGUGGAUGGUUAUGUUCAUUGCUGGGAUCUUCGGCGCCCCAGGCAGCCAGCUCUCACAUUCUGUGACUGGUUUGCAGGUGCUACUCAGGUAAAAUACAACAGGCAGGACAGCCAUAUCCUCGCCUCUUCUCAUGACAGAUACCUGCACAUCUGGGAUGACCGAAACGCCGCGGAACCCCUGAGGACAAUCAGCGCCCAUACCUCAAAGAUCUAUGGGCUAGACUGGAACCGUACCAGGGCAACAGGGGUCGUUACCUGCUCACUCGACAAAAGCAUCAAGUUCUGGGACUAUGGGAACGAGGGCGACGAACCUGAACGGGUCAUCCGUACCGACUUCCCAGUAUGGCGCGCUCGACAUGCUCCUUUCGGGUGGGGUCUGCUUGCCAUGCCUCAGAACGAGCCUGGCAAUCUCUACCUCUAUGAUCGACGAUCGGAAAGCAACACGCCCAAGGAUGGCCACGUCGACCCCGUAGCUGUCUUCCCGGGCCACGGUAAUCACAAAGUCAAGGAAUUCCUCUGGAGAAGUCGUGGCACUGUGACCGAAGAGGCCGACGACCGCGAGUUUCAAUUAGUGUCCUGGGGUGAAGACAACGAGCUUCGACUGCAGCGCCCGGACCCUGAGGAUCUCGCUGCGGUAGGCUUUGUAAAGGGCGGCCCCCCAAGAAAACGACUCAACAUUACACGCAAGGGCGCAGUCUACAAGACCUUCCGAACAGUUGAUGACCACCCCCAUCGUGAUAGGAGAACCGCGACGAUGAGUGACCCACGCCCUGCAACCAGCGGGACUGGGUAUCGGCGAAGCGCACUCACGAUGAGUAUGCAAGCUCCCCAUUACCCGAGCCGAUCUGCCUGGAGAGGCCCUUCCAUGAAGGCCAAGCCUGUCUCGUCACAAGAAGCGGAUCGCAGCCAUGCCCAAAUUGGGUGGAUGAAGGGUGUCUCGAUGAACAAGCGCAAAUCGAGCUCUGACACUCCCCAACGUCAAGAUUCCAAGGAUUCAUCCAUGUUGAGUCCGGGAUACCCUGAUGAUGACUGGGGCGAGCCUGAAAGCAUCCAUGAAGAAUUCGUGCGCAUCAGUAACCAACUUCCAAACGUGAAAUGGGAGAACAUCGACAUGGAUAACCUCACACUGAACGCGUCGCUGAAGGGUCCCUGGGGAGAAGGGGGAGAGACCAUCUUCAUCAAAGUCAGGGUGGAUAUACCUGCAUCCUAUCCCAAACUGAAAGCACCGAGGUUCUUCGUAGAACAGAGCUCCUUCAUGCCAGACGAAACGCAUCAGAAGAUCGAGACGGAGCUGCAGGAACUGACAGCCCAGUUUCUGCAAAGGAAAAAGAACUGCUUGGAUGUUGCAUUUACCUACCUGCUGGGAGAAGUCGACCUGGAGGCGAGUACAACGUUUUUCAAGAACGUGCGAGACUUUGACGACGUCUCUGAUGAUCUUGCCGAUGAGAGUUCAAGCGAAGAUGAUGAGACUGAGAUUCCCGCCGGGGGUUCAGCGUCCAUGUCUCAGGAACUGACUCUUAGCACCGAAGACAACACCCUAGCACCGAGCUUUCGGCCAAUGGUUGUGCCACCCAAAGCUAGGACCUGUGGUGCGCGCUUCUCAAAUGAUGGUCGGAUUGUUUGCUUCUUCCCGACGAAGGACCAGAGAGCCAAAGACAGGUUUGCGUUGGCAGCCGAUGCCAAUCGAGACCGGCUUAAGGGGGAACCCAAUUUUGCUGGGUUUGGGCGUCUGACACACGACUCGCCUCCGUUGAAGCAAAGGAAUGAAGAUGAAGAUGCUUCCGCGACGAGUGAUCACUCAGAUGGAUCCGACGACUCUGACGCUUCGUCGUCUUCCUCCUCUAGCGAUUCCGAGCUGACAACAAUGCACAAGAUCAGCCUCUGGUAUCAGGCUGGUCGGCGCAUCCGCAAGACAUGGAGUGCAAACGAUUCAAUUCGCUCCAGCGGUGGAGGAACGGGUGCUGGAACUGGCACAGGCACCGGCACCAGUAGGCGACGCCCGGGCAAGCCAAAAAGCAUCACAUCUAUCCACGAUUACCGGGUCGAACUCCCCUCGAAGCAGCAGUUUGCUCAAGAGUACGCUAUUUUCGGUGAUGGUGCCGAGGUGUGUGAGCACAAUGCCAAAGUCGCCGAGAAGUAUGGGUAUCCGGAUCUUGUGGAUAUAUGGCGAUAUUCUGCCUUGCUCCUGAGAUCCGACAUCCCUCUCAAGUUGACUGAACAAUCACUACGGCGAAAAUCGGUGUUGGUCAUCGCCAGAGAUGCUGUGUCUAGGUUUCGAGAAGAUGACAGGGGCAGUAAGGGAGACGAUGAGCUGCUCACUGGUCGAGUGAAAUGGGGCUACCAUCCCCUGGCUCAGGAGUUCAUCCACGAUCUCUUCGAUUACUUUGACCAGCUUGCAGACAUCCAAAUGCUUGCGAUGCUGUCUUGCAUCUUUGGCGACUCUUCGGCCGAAGAUAGUGUCGCGUAUGCUGAAUCACAUCUGACGCAACCCGAGACGCCACUGCCUAUGAAGGCACCCUCAUUCUCUCUUGAGUACUUUCCUACGAAUCCAGACGUAUGGAACAUGCACGCGCGCAGUGCGAUGAGCUCUGCCGUGACAACUCCGCGCACAGCCCACACUCCUAUCCUGUAUUCUGGGUCACAAGGCUCAGAGGAAGUCUCCUGGGCCGGCGAGCCUGCUUCUAAUUCAUACUCGUGUGGUGAGACACCUCCUAUGCGAUUUGGGAGGGAUCAUCUCCUAGAGCGCGAUCAGACACAGAGCCUGUCAACCUCACCGAAUACCCGUUCUUUCCGACGAACCAACUCAGCUCUCACCUCAACUAUCACCGCCAGCUUGCCCCGCACGCUGUCAGGCAUUAUUUCCUCAUCCCCCCCCGAGCCGCCAGUACGGAAAAGACCAAGCCCUGCCGAAACAAUCCUCAGUAAUCUGGCGCCAAGCAAUAUCACUUGGGGUGGCUCGACGGUGUUUGGCGCGCAAGCUGAGAACCCAGGCACGGCUAGAACUUCGCUGUCAGAUGACGACUACCGUCGCGAGGAGAUGUUAUCUAUGGUAGCAGUGGAUGUCACCGUUCACACCGAGAACAGCCGGCUGUUCAACGACGACGGCUGGAUGGCUACGCCGUUCCUGGAGCCGAGCCACAAUGCCAUCUAUGCGGGCUAUCGAUAUGCCUAUGCCGAGAUGUUGCAGAUGUGGGGACAGCCGCUCGCCAGGCUGGAGAUUAUGAAGUUCAACGUCCUCAAGGACGACAGUAUGACCGCCUCGGGCGUCUUUGGCGACGAUGCCAGCGCCCACGAGUCCUUUGGCGGCGCGGAGAGCGUCCACAGCCACAACCACAGCAUCUCGAGCGCGCCGCCGCAGACGACGCCGGGCACCACGUCGCCGACCCUCGUCCUGGGCAACAAGAAGGAGCAGCUGCAGGCCCUGCUCGCCUCGGACCGCGGGCUCGACGUCACGGGCCUCUGCAGCCGGUGCGAGAUGCAGCUCGAGCCGCUCGAGUACACGACCGAAGAGCACGACGGCGCCGUCGGCGGUGCCGUGGGCACCUGCCACCGCUGCCACCGCGCGCAGGCGCAGCUACGCUGCGUCUACUGCACCGAGCCGGUCGACGCGCUGUACCCGCCCUGCCUGGGCUGCGGGUGCGUCGCGCACGAGCACUGCCUCGCCGAGUGGCACGCCAUGGGCGAGACGGACUGCCCCGCCGGCGACGAGUGCCGCUGCGUCGACGAGGCCGACUGCGGCCAGAUCGAGUCGUGGACGGCCAUGCGCGCGCAGAUGGCCAUCGACGCCGCCGCGCUGCGCGUGCGCGACGACAACGUCAUGAGGCCGCCGCAUCUGCGGGCCGGCGGAGUAGGCUUGCUCGGCCGGACGAGGAGGCGCUCUGUGCCGGCUGGUGUCGGGUUCCACGACGAGGAGGAGGAGGACGAUGCCGGGUACGACAGCCCCAGCGGCGGGAGCCUGUACUCUGGCGAGGACGGGAGGAAUAACUGGGAAGGGGUGAGCAGCGCGGCGCACCACCUUCUUGCCGCGGGGGCGAGGGGGUCCGGAGGUGUGGGACGGCCUUCGCCCCUGGGCGCGGGCCAGUUGUCUGCCGCACGGGAGAACCUGGCUGCCAGGCUGCGGCCCUCCGCGCUGAGGAGGCGCUCUGGCAACGUGUUGCAGAGGAAGAAUUAG